ACGCAGUGCUUGAGCACUACUUCCGGUGGUGGCAUGGUCGGCCACUGGAGAACUCAGAAGAACACAGCUGUGCGCGCCCAGAGGCUCGGGGGGCGGGAGAGGAUAAGUCGGAAGAAGGGGGCGGGACCUACACCUCAGGAAAGCCGGAGGAUUGGGGCACGAAGCGGGGCUUUGAUGACCCGCAAAGGGCGAGGCAUGCAGGAGGUGGAGGAAUUAAGUGAAACGAGGAAGGUCGUUAAUCAGGACCCUGUGGGCUAGGCCUUAAGGGGCGUGGUCCUUGUCUGGGCGGGGUCUUUGGGCGCCGACUAGGCCUGGUUCUGGGUGGGCGGGGCUGCUGUGGGAAUGCCGGCCCGCGCGCUUCUGCCCAGGCGCAUGGGGCAUCGUACUCUAGCCUCCGCUCCUGCCCUGUGGGCCUCUAUCCCGUGCCCUCGCUCUGAGCUGCGCCUGGACCUGGUUCUGCCUUCUGGACAGUCCUUCCGGUGGAGGGAGCAAAGUCGUGCACACUGGAGUGGUGUACUAGCGGAUCAAGUAUGGACACUGACUCAGACUGAGGAGCAGCUCCACUGCACUGUGUACCGAGGAGACAAGAGCCAGCCUGGCAGGCCCACACCAGACGAGCUGGAGGCCGUGCGCAAGUACUUCCAGCUAGAUGUCACCCUGGCUCAACUGUAUCACCACUGGGGUUCUGUGGACUCCCACUUCCAAGAGGUGGCUCAGAAAUUCCAAGGUGUGCGACUGCUGCGACAAGACCCCAUCGAAUGCCUUUUCUCUUUUAUCUGUUCCUCCAACAACAACAUCGCCCGCAUCACUGGCAUGGUGGAGCAGCUAUGCCAGGCUUUUGGACCUCGGCUCAUCCAGCUUGAUGAUGUCACCUACCAUGGCUUCCCCAGCCUGCAGGCCCUGGCUGGGCCAGAGGUGGAGGCUCAUCUCAGGAAGCUGGGCCUGGGCUACCGUGCCCGCUACGUGAGUGCCAGUGCCCGAGCCAUCCUGGAAGAACAGGGCGGGCUACCCUGGCUGCAGCAGCUACGAGAGGCCUCCUAUGAGGAGGCCCACAAGGCCCUCUGUACCCUGCCGGGAGUGGGCACCAAGGUGGCUGACUGCAUCUGCCUGAUGGCCCUAGACAAGCCCCAGGCUGUGCCCGUGGAUGUCCAUAUAUGGCAGAUUGCCCAACGUGACUACAGCUGGCACCCUACCACGUCCCAGGCGAAGGGACCAAGCCCCCAGAGCAACAAGGAACUGGGUGUUCCAGUGCCAGCAGAAGACCUGCUUACUUCAGCAUCUACAUUCCAGAGCCCCCUAAGGUCUAGGCAGCCUGAGGCUGACAGGAGAGAAAACGUGAACUAUUACAGAAAGAGGCUUUGAUUCAGCCAUGGGCUCAAGUCUCAGCUUGGCUGUUUAUUGAGUGUGUGACCUUCAGCAGAGCACUUCGCUUCGCUGGGCCUUUAUUUCCUCAUCUGGUAAACAAGGAAAACAGCACUUCCCUCCUGGGUUGUUGUCGACACUUGAGAGUGUACAUAAAGCCCCUGACACACAGUAGGCACUCAGCAUACAUUAGUCACCCUUAUCCUUAAAUACCCUGGCAGCUUGUCAGCAACUACCUCUCCUUUUAAUGGCACUCGUCUUUACUGAUCAUCUGCUAGUAAUCUGCAAGUCUCUUGCUGUGCCUCUCUUGCUGGUCCCUAGCACAAUGUCUAAGAGACAAUAAGAAUGGCCAAAUGAUUAGCUGGGCAUGGUGGUGGCACAUGCCUGUAAUCCCAGCUACUUAGGAGGCUGAGGCAGGAGAAUUGCCUGAACCUGGGAGGCGGAGGUUGCAGUGAGCCGAGAUCGUGCCAGUGCACCCACUGCCUGGGCAACAGAGUGAGACAUUGUCUCAACAACAACAACAAAGGCCAAAUGAAUGUGUAUGUCCUGUCCUGUCAGGGCUCUAUGAAGUUAAGACAUAGCACUUGCCUGUGAGAAGCAGAGACUUGUUUGGGUUGCUUCCCUAUCUCUUUAACUAAAGGGUAGCUAUUCCACAGUCUUCCUCCAGAUGUCACCUAUACCUUUGUUGUGAUCAAUGCAGAACAAGAUGGAUGGGAGUUGACAUCAAAUGAAUGGUAGGCACUGUGAUGGAUUCCCAAAAGAACAUGUCCUAAAACACUGGUCAAUUUCUUGUGAUAAGCAAAUAAAAAUCACAGAUCUCUAACAAAAUGUUAAUAGUUAAUUAGUCUAGGUGGAGAAUAUGCUGAUGUUUAUUGUAUGAUUCAGAUUUUCUGCAUGUAUGAAAUUUUUAAUAAAAAAACUUUGGGGAUAAAAAGAAAAGCAGCAUGAAAAGACAAAAAAUAAAUCACACAACAAUGUGCAUAUGGGUAACACUACUAAACUGCACACUUAAAAAUGGUUAAGAAGGGUAAAUUUUUUUUUCUUUUCCUUUUUUUUGAGACGCAGUUUCACU